AUGGAGCUACAUUUUUCAAACGACUUCCCACCUUACGGGGAGGUAGCUGUAUAUAUCACAGCCCGCCAUUCUGAAGAGCUCACAUCUCUAAAACUAAUUCCAAACAAAAAAAAAACCGAGACUACAUUAACGCUUACCAAUAUUAAACCCUCCAUUACCUUUACAGGAUCCAACAUAUUUCGUUAUCUAGCGCGUUCCUCUGAACAUAAAAACUCGUUAUAUGACGAAACCACGCUCUCGGAACUUUUCAAGACUUCAUAUCAGGACGACUUGCUUAAUCUUUUUGGUGCGAGAUCCACACCAGACCUAAAGCUGUCCUUAAUUAACGAGUCGUUGGAGAAGCGCGGAGGAAACUACUUGAUAUAUCCGGACAGACCCGUGCUGGCUGAUUUUUCCGCUUGGAGUGUGUUGAAAAUGGCAGGUGAUAACAACGGAAAAUCGAACAAUCACAAAAAUUGGAUCGAUAGGAUGGAUGAGUUAAAAGCUUCAAAGGAAGCCGUGGAAUUGGUGGAUGCGGCUAUUAAGACUGGUAAUUCAGACUCAACUACAGUCUUACCUCAAAUCAAAGGGGCUGAUUAUGAGAACAACAAAUUGGACCCGUUUCGAGGAAUCGUGGCAUCUAUGAUUGCCGAGCAUACCGGAAAAUCCGCCGAUGAUAUUUUCGGUUUACUUGAACUUCCCAGAAAUCCCGAGCUUGGUGAUAUCACCAUUGCUGUGCCUAGACUUCGAGUACCGGAAAAUCCGGUCCAAUUAGCCCAGAAAUUAUUUGUUCCUAAUGAAUACAUAAUUGACGCGUCGCAAGUCGAUCAUUAUCUGAAUUUUCGAUAUUCUCACCCUCUUCUCACAAAAUCACUUCUCACCCACAUAUAUGAAAAAAAAGAAGCUUACGGUACAAAUCAGUCGGGACAGGGUAAAACGUGCGUUAUCGACUUUAGUAGUCCAAACAUAGCGAAACCCUUCCAUGCUGGCCUACUGGCGGUAGGGUUUGAAAAAUAUGGGUCCGAAGAGGAAUUACUUAAAAAUCCUAUAAAGCAUUUGUACGAUGUUUACGUAAAAAUUAAUGCUGAUAUUGAGAAGGAUACCGACGUAGAUGAUCGGGCGCGAGCAUACUUUAAGAAAAUGGAAAACGGUGAUGGAGAGGCACUUGCGUUGUGGAAAAAGUUCAGAGAUCUUAGUAUAGAUAAAUAUAAAGAAACUUAUGCACGCCUAAACAUUGAUUUCGAUGUUUAUUCCGGUGAAUCUCAAAUAAGUAACGAAAGAAUGCAACAUGCAUUAAGUAUACUAAAAGAGAAAAAUAUUGUUAAAGAAUCUGAUGGAGCACUGAUUGUCGAUUUGAGUGGUUACAAAUUAGACGUUGCAUUGAUCCAAAAAAAUGAUGGCACCACUUUAUACAUCACUCGUGACAUCGGCGCCGCCAUGGAACGAUAUGAAAAGUACAAAUUUGACGCAAUGUAUUAUACAGUAGCUUCUCAGCAGGAAUUACAUUUUAAACAACUAUUCAAAAUUUUAGAAUUAAUGGGAAUAGAAUGGGUAGAUCGAUGCAAGCAUAUAAAUUUUGGUAUGGUCAAAGGGAUGAGUACUCGUAAAGGAACGGCCGUUUUCUUAGAUGAAAUCCUCGAGCAAACUAAGGAGAGCAUGCAUGAGGUGAUGAGACAGAAUGAAAAAAAAUAUUCGCAGAUAGAUAACCCCGAAUAUGUCGCUGACGUAAUUGGUAUUUCUGCUGUAAUGAUUCAAGAUAUGUCGGCCAAGAGGUACAACCCAGUCCUUGUAUAA